AUGUCAGAAACGCGAUCACCGCCAGAACAACAUGCCUCCUUCCAAACCGGAGUCAACGUGGGUUCGGCAUCGAAUUUACGGCAGCGGCCUCUGGGAAGAGCUACGACAUUCUCAGAAAGUAGGCCUUCUUUUUCCAAGCUCAGGCGUAAUUCAGUCCUCUCCGAUACCGUCUCCGAAGCCCGACAAUCUAUUCGAGAUUCUACGGACGACCUACUGUUCCCGCGUGCAAAGGCCGGGCCAAGAGGGGCAACUCGCGUUACUGAAUCGAACCAUGACUCCCACUGGCAAUCUGCACCGCUCGCAUUAGCUUUAUUGCCGGCGGUGGGAGGGUUGUUUUUCCACGAUGGAAGUGCCUUUGUGACAGACGCAACAUUGUUGAUUCUGGCUGCUAUAUUUUUGAACUGGUCUGUGAGGCUACCAUGGAACUGGUAUCGCUCAGCCCAAGAAGUUCGCCAGCCGCCACCCGAGACCAUCCUGAGCGAUAGUGGUGUAAUAGUGGAAGAAGACAAUGAAGAGGGUGACAGCAACUCAACCUCGCAUGCUUCCAAACAAGCGGAGCGAAAGGAGCUAGAACAUACAUCCCAGGCAGCCAUGAGAGAGCUUCAUAUGCACGAGCUUGCUGCUUUGAUAUCAUGCUUCGUAUUUCCUUUAAUUGGCGCUUGGCUAUUACAUGCCGUGAGAGGUGCACUUUCUCGUCCAUCUGAAGGGCUGGUUUCCAAUUACAAUCUUACCAUUUUCCUUCUCGCUGCGGAGAUUCGUCCGUUCGCGCAUUUGUUGCGAAUGGUACAGGGCCGGACACUCUACCUACAGCGAGUGGUGGCAGCCGCAAGUGACGAAGAUGAUGAAGAUGGGAGAAUGGACCAUAAUAAGAUCUUGGACUUUGCUAUAAGAUUAGAAGAUCUGGAGGCAUAUGUAGCAAACAAGGUGGAGACAGCUGCCACCAACUCGGCUUCAGCGCUGGACGGCGCUUCAGAACCACAAAGUAUGAAACAGGAAAGGGUUGCACAAAUCAUAGCCGAGGUGCGACAAAGUUUUCAACCGGAGUUUGAGGCCCUCAACCGAGCAGUGCGACGCUACGAGAAAAGGACAGCCACGAUGGCUUUCCAAAUAGACACUCGAAUGAAUCAAAUAGAAGCCCAAGCCGGUGAUGCUAUAGCACUGGCUGCCGCAGCUCAACGAUCAGCUAACGACAAUCGCCAUAGCUUGGUAGGCAUUCUUUCAGAUUGGGCAUACGCAACAGUCGUCAUUCCGGUUAAAAUGAUCAAUUAUCUCGCCUCAAUGCCAGGUCGAGCGGCUUCCUUUUGUUUGCAGAACAUCAUAGCAUUGUUGAUGACUGGAAAAGCUAGGCGCAAGGCCAAAGGCAAACAAUCUCAGGCACAACCUCCGUCUUCGCGGUCUGAGCGCCGAUAUAUGGCCACCCAUUCAUCGCAAGGCAGUGCAGCUUAA